AUGACGCGUCUCGUCUUCUUCCCUGUGUUUGCCCUAAUACUGUCUCUUCUAUCAAUCACUGUAAUAGGAGCAGCAGUCCCAAAUACACGAUACACGGCCAACUAUAGCAAUAUAGACACUGAAGAUGAAUGGCUCCAUUCAACAACAAAACGGGACGAUGCUGUUAAAGUACCUCUGCGAAUUCUUCCUCUCGGUGCCUCAAUCACCUGGGGGCUCUUGUCUUCAAGCGGAAAUGGAUAUCGCAAGCCGUUACGUGACAAACUCCGCUUCGAAGGGUGGGAAGUCAAUAUGGUCGGCAGUAAAGACAACGGUAGUAUGAAGGAUAACGACGUGGAAGCUCACAGUGGCGACGUAAUAACUAAAGUCGAAGAGGCCGCAAAAAACUCCCUUGCCUAUAAACCGAAUAUAGUGCUUAUAAACGCUGGCACCAAUGACUGCGAUUUUAAUGUUGAACCAGACAAAGCAGGUGAACGCAUGAGCAACCUGAUCGAAACACUAAUCAGCGCCCCUGAUAUGGACAACACACUAAUUGUCCUAUCAACUCUGAUUCCUUCAGGUUCCACAAGUGUCGAGGCCAACAGGGCCUCUGUAAAUGCACAAUUUCGAGCCCUAGUCCCUGUAAUGAGAGACAGUCUAAACAUCUCCAUUGUCCUGGCAGAUACGGACCCCCCGGCUCCAACUGCAGGAAACAACUGGAUCAAAUACCCCGAUGACUACAACGAUAACAAACACCCGAAUGAUUACGGGUACUCCAAAUUGGCGGCCAUUUGGUAUAAUGCAAUUUAUGACGCUGCAAAAAAUGGCCUCAUUGCUACACCUGCGGAUUUAAAUACGACAACCCCGGGAACAUGCGACAAGGAGUACGGGAGCGGGGUGUAUGCAGGAGGAUUCACGCAGCAGGGAAGUGGUGAAGAUGACGGGAUCUAUCGACAUGACAGCGAGUAUAACGGAGCAGUGUUCAGUAUCCGUGCCGGCAGGGGUGCAGCUGAUCCAUACAGCGACGAUGAUGAGCUGUCCUUUUUCUUUGGAAGGCUUUAUACAAUCGAGUAUGAUGACUUGAUCAUAUUCCAGAAAGAUAGUGAUGGACUGGAUGACUACGUCUGCAUUGCCUUGGAUGGGACUACCUAUGCAAGCAUCAACAACGGAGAUGGCGAUUCUGGGAGUAACAAGCCUCCCUCCUUUACCGAUAUUGGACUGUGGAAGAGUCCAGAAGAGCACGAUCAGAAGCAUGUGCGUCUGGCUGAUAUUGACGGUGAUGGUCGAGCCGAUUACUGUGUUUUGGCAGAUAAUGGCGAUGUCACAUGUUGGCGGAAUGGAUGGAUUGAAGACAAACCAGCAUACUGGCAGCCUCUCGGAAAGCGCUUCACUGGAAAAGGCAUGGGUGACAUCCGCGGCGUGAGAUUCGAAGAUAUUAACGGCGACGGUCGCGACGACUGGAUGUGGGUGGAUGAUGAUGGCGCUGCGACGACAUAUACGAACUCCCGAAGCUGCAUCAAAGGACAGGCUGGCGAUGGCUUAAAUGUUGUUUGGCGGCAGGGAUUUUACAAAGAUGCUAAUUCUGGCCCGACACACCCUGGAUUGAGUGGGAUAUUUGGUAGUUCCGGAUUACGAGAUCAGGUUUACUUCGCCAGAGUAUACGGUGAGGUAGCGGAUUUCGGGGAGCUUGGGAGACAGGACUACGUGUUCAUCGAGAAGAAUAAGGGGGCAGGAGGGGCAAAGAUAAAAGCCGACGGAAAUAGAUAUUGCAAUAUGAAAGGUCAUGAGAACGGUCGAAUGGAUUACGUUUGGAUCCAUUCCACCGGCUAUAUGCGUCUCUAUCCGAAUAAGGGACUGGUUGAAGUGCCCAGUGACGGGUCAAGUUUCUGGGGAGCCAACGAAAUCAUCUUUGACCCAACACGGGAGCAAAUCGGAACUAAGCUUGACCGGCGCGAUCUGCAUCUGGCAGACUGGGACGGGGACGGAGCCUGCGAUAUUAUUUGGACAGACCCUAACAAUCAAAAUAGGGUACAGGUGUGGCGGAACAAGGUCAAGGAAACCGGGAGCAUUGAGUGGGAGUAUAAUAGCAAUGCUGUGGAUCAGCUAUACUGCCCUGAGCAUCGAGGCCUUGGUUACUUUGACCGUCCCGUCCAUUUUGCUGAUGUUUCUGGUUACGGCAAAGCCGACUAUCUGUGUGUUGAAAAGGAUGGGCGCACUUGGGGCUGGGUUAAUGGGGAUGAUGGAUGGGAGUAUAUUGAUCAGUUCAAAUACUCCGAGCAGAAGGAUAGGGCAAACAUUCACUGGGCAGACGUGAAUGGUGAUGGAAAGGCAGAUUUGAUUUGGACCGACAAGUUCUCAGGAGACGGGUCAGUCUGGUAUAAUCUUGGCCGACGUGAUAUCAACGGAUCCAGAUACGAGUGGGGACCACUGGGACCCAGAUACAGAGGUGCUGUUGAAGGCUCAUGCACUUACUUUCCUGAUCUGGAUGGUGACGGCCGUGCAGACAUGCAUAGUAUCUGGAAUUCCAUCAACAACACAGCUCAGACAUGGUACAACAAAUGUGCUACCAAGGACCAUACUGGCGAUGACGGCCCAAUAACUGACCCCAAUCUACCUGUGCCUCCUGUGACAUAG